GCGGUUAGCGUCCGCUGGCGCCGGAAGGAAGCGGAGCUCCUCUGUUUCCUUUCAAGAUGGCGGCUGCGAAGGAGAUCUUGAGCACGGCCGACUCGGCGGAGGGAAGUGGGCGCCGCGGGCACUUGGGCAUUCCCGAGGCGGUGUUCGUGGAAGAUGUAGAUGCUUUUAUGAAACAGCCUGGAAAUGAGUCUGUAGAUAUUGUACUCAAGAAAUUGGAUGAGCAGUAUCAGAAGUAUAAGUUUAUGGAACUUAACCUUGCUCAGAAGAAAAGAAGGCUAAAAAGUCAAAUUCCUGAAAUCAAACAGACAUUACACAUUUUAAAAUAUAUGCAGAAGAAAAAAGAGACCACAAAGCCCCUGGAGACUAGAUUCUUACUGGCUGAUAACCUUUACUGCAAAGCUUUAGUUCCUCCUACGGAUAAAGUCUGCCUGUGGUUGGGGGCCAAUGUGAUGCUUGAAUAUGACAUUGAUGAAGCUCAGGCUCUCUUGGAAAAGAACCACUGCACUGCCACCAGCAAUCUGGAGUCUCUCGAGGAAGAUCUGGACUUCCUUCGUGACCAGUUCACCACCACGGAAGUCAAUAUGGCUCGGGUCUACAACUGGGAUGUCAAGAGAAGAAACCGAGAGGAGCCCACUAAAGCUAAUGUGUAGCAUGCCCACCCUUGAUCCUGGGGCUCAGCUUUCCCAAGGGGCUUUAAUUAAGAGAUCCACAUUUGUGACUUAGGAUGAAUUGAUUUUCAAACAAAAAAGACAUUCGAAAGUAAAACUGAAGGCCAUAAUGAGCAUACAUUUUUAUUUAUAAAGCAAAAAUCUGCUCCCAUUUAGAUUUCAUGAAAUUACUAUGGUUGUUGAAGGUUGGCUUUCACAUGCUGGAUCUUUGGGGCAGGCAUGAAAUGGACUGUUGGGCAUUUGCGGGGGGCAGAGGGGAGGGAUUUGCUUUUUUAUUAUUUAUUGUAGCUUACCUUUGAAGAAAUGAAAUCGAUUUAGAGGUUGGGAAAAUCUGGCAGACAUGUGGUUCUGAGUUAAGCCCAUUUGCUCUAAGUUUGGUACUUCACAAAUGAGUUGUGUUUUUUUCUCAUGUCAUUUUCGUUAGUUACAGGUCAGUUUGCUGAAUGCCCUGCCCCUUUUUCUGAAUUGCUUUAUAUACUUUUAUAAACAAGAUGUGGAGUAUAUCUGAACAGCAGUGGGGUUUGUUGAGGUGGUACAUUCUUCCCCUACCUACUGAAUGUCCACUGCUUGUGCCCCUCACAUCUCUCUGUUAAAUCUGAGUUUAACAUCUUGAUAGCUCUUUCUAUAAGGAAUCCUAACAGGGGAAACAAAAUUAAAUGGUGAUUUCUUUCAAAGGAAGGAAAUCUCUAAGCUGUUCUGACUCAAAAAGCCACCGUGACAGCAGUUCAUAAGGAGCUGCUGCCAACCUGUAGAGUUAAAUCGCAAUGUCUUCUUCCACUUUCGAGUUGUGAGCAAUACAUUUAGAAUGGUUUUGUACUUUUAUUUUGUAAUGUUAAAACAAUGAAAUUAAACAUGUGACAAAGCGCCUCUGGAAAUC